CGCUCAGCCACAAAUCUAGUGGGGGUGGGGGCUCCCAUAUACUUUCUUCUUCUCUCCUUCUCUUAUCUUACAAUUUCCAGGAUUUCAAUCCAUUUCCAUCCCAAAUUUGUGUCGACGCUGGAACUUCAUCGCUCUUCUCACACACAUAAAUCUCAGCUGGGAAGUCUGCAGCUGGUUAUACUCUGAAGCUAAUCAGAGCUUUCAACCCCCUGCAAAUCAGAGCCGCCGCCUCCCCUUGCAAACCUUCAUCGAGGGGUUCUUGUCAUUUCUGGUUGAUUUUCUCAUCUGGGUUUAGAUCUCGGCGCCAUAUCUCUGGAAAUCGACAACUGGGUAUUCUUCUGUCCUAUUAAUUGGUCCUGCUUACGCUCAAAUUUGUUCACUUCUUUGCUUAGGGUUCCAUCUUCCAUGGUAUCCCUCUGUUACGCCUUUGGUUCCCCUGAGGAACUGGCCUAUUGGGUUCCUUUACUUUUUGUUUACUUAAUUUGCUUGGUUCUUGAGAAAAGAUAAGGAAGAAGUUGCGAGAGAACUGCGAUUCUCAGUAUGGGAUUUUCCUUUUUGUGUAUCUAGCUGUUCUGGGACGGAGGAAAAACGAUCUCAUGAUGAAUGGGUAUUUUGGGUACGAUGAUCUUGUUGUUCCUAAAGAUCAAGGAUAUUCUGAUGGAUUCCAAUCACCUGAUAGCUGGUCAAAUUGGGGACUAAAUGAUUCCAAUACUUUCAACGACUAUCCUCACAAACACAUGCUAUCUCCUACAAAUCUGAAUCCAGAACAACUCAGAUUUGACUCCCAGACUUCUCCGAAUCAUCAAUUCGACAUGGAGUGCAGUACUAUCCCAGAUAGAGAUCAAUCUAGUUGUUCGAGUUUUGGUGGGCGAGCACCUGUAUACCACCAGUCCCUUCACCGUCAGGCGGCGGAUAGUCAACUCGACUGCCUGUCAGGGUUUGAGCCCAUGGAUGAUCAUUUCUUGAGUUCAUUGCUUGAUGACAUGCAAGAGAUGGAACAGAAUUCACCUUGCUUUUCAUCUGAGUCACAAGACUGCAUGAUUCCUGCUGAUGAUCUCUGGACCGAAGCCACCGCUUUAGAUUCAGACUCAAUAUCAAGCAAUGGUGGAUUUGCUGCAUCGUCACACUACAGUCCAUGCGACUUGGAGAAGGCAGUUCUUCAUCAACUAAAGGUACCUCCUUUUACUGUAUCAGUAACAACAUCUGAGGAUGACUGCAAAGACUUUCAACUACAAAAUGAACCAUCAAGGGAGGAGUCUGCACUGCAUGAGUUCGAACUGAUGAUGGCACAGCUGCCUACCAAGACCCGAAUAUGCUUUCGUGAUGCCUUGUAUCGUUUGGCCAAAAACUCAAGACCCCAUGAAGUAGCAAGUGAUGAUGUUUCCAUGGACACCUCUUCAUGGGCACCUCAAGUCGAGGAAUCAAGGUAAUCAUGUCCUGCUUCCCAACUGCAUAUUUGGUCUCUUGAAUGAUUCUUAUUGAUUGAUCAACAUGGUAGGUUUUGCACCUCAUUAAGCUGCAUAAAGAGUUCAGGACUUGCUUUUCGUUCUUUUAUGUUUUUUGUUAGUCAAUUGAUCUUCACAAGCUUCACCUUGUCUGCAACUAAAAGCAACUCUGUUUCCCCAUAUGCAAUCUUUCUGUUUCCAAGUUACUGACCUGUGUGAGUUGUCCCUUUUUGUAACUAAAGGUCCGGAGAAAGAGGAAUGGAACCAGAGACGAACUCCAUCGAUCGAUCCAUAGCAAGCAUGAUGUUUAACCAGAUGGACCUAAACGUGCUGCAGUCAAAUCACCCACAAUGCUUCACCCCUGCGCCUCACAGCCCGACAUUUCUUGGCGACGCUGAGGUUCCAGUUUCUGGCAAUGGAGGAUACAUUGGAGGAGCAGCAGCAGCAGAUUCGGACAUGCAUAUGUCACGAACUGUGGCAAACUAGUGGCGUUGCAGUUUCCGAAUCAGAAGCUGGUUUUGAAAUAAACCAUUGAAGAAGGCCGGGGUUUGGAGAGGAGUCCAGCUAAGGAUAUGAUUAUGAAUGAUCCACGUUUUAUGUACAUAUAGAUAUUGUGAGGGUAGUAGUACUAGUAGCCAUAUGUAGUAAGAUCUUAGGCCUGCAGUAAAUCUUCACCAGCCAAAGUUGGUUUUUUGAAGGGCAUGUGUGGAGAAGUGAAUUCUCUGGAGACUUUUGUGGUAGCAGAACAGAAUACAUGUAUGGGUUAAAAUUUUGUUCUUCUGACUCGAUAAAGAAAGAGAGAAGGGAUUUAUUCUAUAAACUAUAAUAGCCACUAGUUUAAUCUCCAGCAAGUCGAUGCAGGUCAUGGCGAAUUGAAGCUUUGGUUCUUCCUACGUAUUCCCGGCUUACAUGCUGUGCACAAAGUCAAACCUUCAUUAAGGGCGAGAAACUCAGAGAUUUGAGCAGAGAUUACACUCAAUCUCAAUUGUCUGCUCUCACGACGGCCGGGAAAAUAAGGUUUACUGUUAUUCGUCACCUUUGUGGGCUGAUCGGACAUCGGCAAUUAGUGCUAGCUUUAUUUUUCCACUCCUUUCUGUUUUACUUAUCUUCCAUAGCUAGAAACUCUUCAAGAAACCUUGAGAUUUGAGAUUGCGACGUCAUAGUGAGUCCCCUGUUUCUUAUUUCUUAACAGUAAUGUUGGUUUGAUUUCUGUCCACCAGAAUGUCUACAGAUUGAAGUUCACUUUUUUCUUCCGUUGAUUUUUAGCCAUGAGAAUGUCUAC